AUGGAGGCGACGUUGCUCAGCAGCCUCCACACCAAGCUGGAUGACUUGGAGGGCAAGAUGCUUGCCUACCGCUGCGACCUCAUCUCCGACUUCCAGCGCUACUACCACGACCUUCUCACCGGCGUCAACCCCAGCGUCGCAACCAGCAUCCAGCAGGCCAUUGCGCCGUCCUUUGCCAACUACCCGACACUCCGCCCCGAGCUGGAGGCCGCUGACUCACAAACACCUGACCCGGCUGCAUUCCAACAGGCUCUGGCGCCUGAGGUUGCUGCUCGUAUCGAGGCUCCCAAUAGCAGCUCGCGCGAGCGGGAGACGGAGUUGCAGGGUCUCUUUACGCCAAGCUAUCUGCCCCUGCUGGACAGCUCCCCUCCGCACGAUCGCCGACCUGUUGCCACCUCGACUGUCGCCUCAACGGCCACGACAACGGCCACGACAACUUCGACACAGACAACGCUUGCCUUCCCAUUGCUGCCUGUAAUGGCACCACUAGCUGCCGACAACGGCACUGCCACGGACCAUGAUAUCACCGCGGAUGGUGGCCUUACAACCACAGGCAACAGCGAGACUCCGGCAGACGCACAGGCUCCAGGCGAGGCGCACCGCCUCGUCAGGACCACCACUGAGGAGUCAACCUCGUCUGUCAACUCGGAUAAGAGCGAUUCCAAGACCAGAAGAAGCGCCCUGCGACGCUCCUCUAGUAUAUCCAAGCCUCCCCAGAGCCCAAGGCGAGUCCGGUUCGAGUUCAUGGGUGCAGAGGUGCUGCCUACGUCAUCGCCUCAACAGGUUGAAUUCAUCACUCCCGCCGCAUCGGAACCAGCACUGGAAGACGAGCCAAUUGCCUCCGACAUGCUCCUGGGCGGCGAUAUCGAUGAAUGGGAGCCCCCAGUUCGGAAAAGCUCUUCUACCGAGGCGCUGAGAGCUUUGUCCAGGGCGCCUGCAGAGGAAGGUACAGUUUGGACAGUCGUCAAUCCCGAGACGGACGGGGCCAAGUCUCAGCAAGACAGCACGAAUAUUCCAGCUCCAGAGAAGCCCAUCUCUGCCGAUCAGUCUACAUCUGCGGCGGAAAAUCCAAGAAUAGACACUCCUUCAGCGGGAGUUGUUCAAGGCAGCAAUGUGACAUCUGCAGCAUCUAAUGACGUCAACAACCAUGGAUCAGAAAACGGCAAGGAUGCCGAUGACUCUUCAGACGACGAGGGUGACUAUCUCGCCAUGGGCAAACGCAAGCCUUCUGCCGCCCAAAAGUCUGCGUCAGUUUCAGUUACUCAAUUGCCGGAGGCGAGAGUGAGCAACGGACUCUCAGCUGCGAAAUCUACACAAGACAAACCACGCCCCCUUCCCAGCCAACCCAGCAAUCCUAGGGAGAACCGAAAUCCAGCUUCUGUGGAAGAUGAGAGCAUGGACGAUUAUGGCGAUGAUGAUGAUAUGUUUGAGUUCGAACCUGGUGGUCUAAGUGCUCCACCAAAACCCCGCGAAAGAGCGCCUCCCCCGCAAGACGAGGACGAACCUUCCGACGACGAAUCUCAAGAUGACGUGCCGAAUAUGAGUCGACCAAGUCAACCAACCCUCUACUCAACCUCACCGGCAGUCUCCAUCAUGCGGCCUAGGUUGGAGAAUUCCAUGGCCACCGUGUCUAGAUUUCAGCCUGGGUCUCUUGGAUCAUACAAAGGUCGCCCUGUCAUCAUGCCUGUUGUGCGCAAUCCGGAGGUGCAUGCGAGGGCGGCCUCAUUAGGCCAGUUUAAUACUUUUGUGGGGGGCCUGGACGGCCGAAGCGGAAUGGAUGAGGGCGACCUCAGCAGUUUCCGUGCUAGUGUUGUCCAGCCCGGCUUUACAGGGACGCCUCGAAGUUUCACUGAGCGUUUCAUGAUGGAGGAGGCACAGGCAGAAAGGGAAAGGGAAAGGAAUGGUGCCACUCAGUGA